UUGGGAAGAAGAAUCUGACCACAAACAACUUUUUAAUUACAAAAAGAAAAUUAAAGGAGCGAGAAAAGCAAUGAGAAACAUUUUCAUAGUAUCUUUCUUCUUUUGUGGGACUUUACAGUAAUCUUUAAUGUUUUCUCUCUCAUUUCCCCACUCAAAUUCAUCAAUCACUGCACCACUGGGUGUUGAAGAUCCGACUAAUUAACACAGUAACAUUUCAUACCAGAGAUAUCAAACGGAACAAGCAGUAGACAUUGCUGAUUACCCGAGAAUGACACCACCAAACCCGAGUUUAGAAUCCGAAAAUGAUUCAGACGCGAAUAGCCGAGCAGCUUCCAACGUGUGUCUGCAAGAAGCAUCCUCGGAUCCCUCGAAGGAUAGCACAGCCACUACUUCAUGCCUCACGAAUCCUGUAAAGGCUCAACCAGAUUCAUGGUCUGUUUCCCUAGACCUGACUCUCCAUUUCAGUGCCAGUGAUGCCAAGACGAAGGGAACCGGAGAGACUAGUAGUGAGAUAGCGGUCAAUACUUUGUCACCGACUAUCCCGAGGGUUUUCUCUUGUAAUUAUUGCAGGCGCAAGUUUUAUAGUUCGCAGGCACUGGGUGGACAUCAGAAUGCUCAUAAGAGGGAGAGGACGAUGGCAAAGCGUGCAAUGCGGAUGGGGAUAUUGUCUGAUAGGUAUACAAGCUUGGCAUCUUUGCCCCUUCAUGGUUCUACAUUUCGGUCUCUCGGGAUCAAAGCUCAUUCUGCUAUGCACCACGGAACCAUGCAAUCCCAGAGGCCUCUGGACACAAGAGCUGGAGCACGGUUUGAUCAAGGGUAUUUCGGGAUGCCGAUAUUCAUGGAAGAAGAUGACGUUGACUUCUUUUGGCCAGGGAGUUUCAGGCAAGUGAAUGAAGGAGCCAGCAGCAACCAGGCUUCGGAUUGCCCUCUAGAUUCAACUCGAAGUUCAAACAUAAGUUUUGUAGCAACAGCAUCGCCACCAAUAACAGAUACAUCUUCGCUGGAUCUUACAUUGAAGCUCUAAUUUUCCGAACAUGUCUAGCGUGAUACUCGUUACGGCACUGCUCUGUAUAAUCGAGAUGAAUUAGCAAUGGCUGCUAAGAUCAUAAGAUUACUUCUGCUAAAUUUCCUUAACAUUUUAAUUUUCUAUUUUGAUCCAUGCCACUGAUUUGCUGCUGAUGUGAAAAGUUUGGGUGUAUGACAUGAAAUCUAUAGCUUGGAAUGCUUGAUUUUAGGC